GGUAAGUUAAUGGCAUGCUUAACUGAAGUGAAACUGUCCUCUCAGCAGCCUGCUGUAGUCAUUGAUUAGACUCCAGACAACCUUUGAAACCAGCAGGGCAGGCUGUGGGCGUGUGUAGCUGAUGAUUACAAAUGGCUGGUGGUGGAGUUUUUGGAAGUGAAUGAAUUGGCUGCAGCAGAACGGAGUAUUUACACAGGCCACUUGUGACUGUAACAGUGACAGAUAUCCAUGGCUGCAGCAGUGUCCAGCCCUCUGACCACUCAUGUGCUGAACACAGGAGAUGGCAUCCCAGCAUCCAAGAUGGCUGUCACUCUGCAUCGACUCGACUCUGAACUGAAGAUCUGGAACAUGCUGGGAGUCGGGACAACGAAUGAAGAUGGCCGCUGCUCAGGACUCAUCAGCCAAGAAGCUUUCACCUCUGGCAUGUACAAGCUGCGCUUUGAGACUGGUUCAUACUGGGAGAGUCGCGGCCAGACCUCCUUCUUCCCCUAUGUAGAGGUUGUGUUCACCAUCACAGACCCUGGGCAGAGAUUCCACCUUCCUCUGCUUAUGAGUCAGUUUUCCUACAGCACCUACAGAGGAAGCUGAGGGCUUCAUGUCACCAAUUUGUAUUGAAAAGCUCAUGUGUUUGACACUAAUCGGGAAUAUAUAGUCUCUAUCACAUCUGCUGCAGUCAGAAACAAAAGAAGACAUUUACCAUUUCAGUAAGAAACCUUGAUGAGGUCUGGAAUUACAAAAACUACAGCAACAAAUUCAAAGCAAACCUAUGGGAUUGCAGAGAGAAUUUCAUGUUUUUCAUAUAGCAAUAGUUUCAGUAGAAAAACAACUCAGAUUUAUUUAUUUGUAUUGCAUCAUCAUGAGUAUUAAAAGCAUAGUAAUACUAAUAAUACAGUACAAAUUAUUAGUUGAUCGCAUUGUUCUACCUCUACCCUUCUUUUGAGUUUUCAUGACUUAAUUUUUUUAAAGCAAAAAUAAAUACAUUUUAUUUCCAGCUA